GGUAUCCCCUCCCUCUAGUACUAUUCCAAGAGCGUGCCGACUGAGUAGAGUAGUAAUUUUCUCUCUUCAUUGACUGCCGCCUGUGGUCUUCAUCUGCUCCUCGUCUCCACUGAGCGCUCCCGUCCUCUCCUCCACUGAUCGAUCCGCCCUAUUGGUUAUCUCAUCCAGCCUCCCCGGACCACGCCCCUGCCAACUGACUGCCACAGACCGUGGACAUUUUUGGACUGAAUCCAGGUUGGGAUCGUGGGGCUCUGUAUCUAUCUAGUACAGAGUAGAGUACUACUGUAUUCCUGUGCUCCUCGUCUCCGCUUCCUCUCGGUCUCCUCCAUUGCGCUGCUGUUGCUGAUCUCGUCCAACCUCGGUGGACAUUUGGGGGUGGCGGUUUCCUGUCAUUAUCCAGAGCAGCAUGCAUCGAAGGAACUGACCCAGAUAGCGGCCUGAUCGAGUCAAGCGACCUCCGCCGCUGUGUCCGAGCCAUUCUGUUCUGCUCUGCCGAUAACGCCGCCGCUGUCUUCUGCUCUGUCGUGAAGUAUCAAAGGUUUCCGGUUAUUUUUCAGAGCCUUUGGUGCCCAGCCGUUGCUCCCGCUUCAUAGUUAUUAUUCUGACGACCAUCCGACGAGGACACCGCCGCUGUCUUCUGCUCUGCCGCGAAGCACCAAAGGUUUCCAGCUGAUUGAUCCAGAGAGCUCUCAUGAAUAUUGUCACGGGGGCCAUGGGCAGCCUGAUCCCCAAGCUGGGCGAGCUGCUCAUGGAGGAGUACAAGCUGCACAAGCGCGUCAAGAAAGAUGUCGAAUUCCUCGGGAAGGAGCUUGAGAGCAUGCACGCUGCCCUCAUCAAGGUUGGCGAGGUGCCGCGGGAGCAGCUCGACAGGCAAGUCAAGCUCUGGGCCGACGAGGUCAGAGACCUCUCCUACAACAUGGAGGAUGUCGUCGACAAGUUCCUCGUACGCGUCGACGGCGACGGCAUUCAGCAGCCCCAUGACAACUCCGGCAGAUUCAAGGAGCUCAAGAACAAGAUGAUCGGCUUGUUCAAGAAAGGCAAGAAUCACCAUCGGAUAGCUGACGCCGUCAAGGAAAUCAAGGAGCAACUCCAGGAGGUGGCUGCUAGGCGUGACAGGAACAAGGUAGUUGUUCCUAAUCCUACGGAACCAAUUACUAUCGAUCCUUGUCUUCGAGCUUUGUACGCAGAAGCAACAGAGCUAGUUGGCAUCUAUGGGAAGAGGGAUCAGGAGCUCAUGAGGUUGCUCUCCAUGGAGGGUGAUGAUGCCUCUAACAAGAGACUGAAGAAGGUCUCCAUUGUUGGAUUUGGAGGGUUGGGCAAAACCACUCUUGCUAGUGCAGUAUAUGAGAAGAUUAAAGGUGAUUUUGAUUGUCGGGCAUUUGUUCCCGUCGGUCAGAACCCUGACAUGAAGAAGGUUUUAAGGGAUAUCCUCAUUGAUCUCGGCAACCCUCACUCAGAUCUUGCGAUACUGGAUGCAAAUCAACUUAUUAAAAAGCUUCAUGAUUUCCUAGAGAACAAAAGGUAUCUUGUCAUAAUUGAUGAUAUAUGGGAUGAAAAGUUGUGGGAAGGCAUCAACUUUGCUUUCUCCAACAAGAAUAGUCUAGGCAGUCGGCUAAUCACCACAACCCGCAAUUUCGAUGUCUCCAAAUCAUGUUGCUUAUCGGCUGAUGAUUCAAUAUAUAAAAUGAAACCUCUUUCUACUGAUGACUCCAGAAGGCUCUUCCAUAAGAGAAUAUUUCCUGAUGCUAGUGGAUGUCCAAGUGAAUUUCAACAAGUGUCUGAAGACAUAUUGAAGAAAUGUGGUGGAGUACCACUGGCCAUCAUUACUAUUGCAAGUGCUUUGGCUAGUGACCAGCAAGUGAAACCAAAGCAUGAGUGGGAUAUUCUACUCCAAUCCCUUGGCUCCGGAGUAACCACAGAUAACAGUUUGGUUGAGAUGCGGAGAGUACUAUCUUUGAGCUAUUAUAAUCUACCGUCUCAUCUGAAAACUUGUCUACUAUACCUAUGUAUAUAUCCAGAAGAUAGCACCAUUGAUAAAGAUAGACUGAUAUGGAAGUGGGUGGCCGAAGGAUUUGUCCACCAUGGAGAUCAAGGGACCAGCCAGUUUUUGGUCGGAUUAAACUACUUCAACCAGCUCAUUAAUAGAAGUAUGAUCCAGCCAAUAUAUUCGGAUAUGGGCAACGUAUAUGCUUGCCGUGUACACGAUAUGGUUCUGGACCUUAUCUGCAACUUGUCACAUGAAGCAAAGUUUGUUAAUGUAUUGGAUGCCACUGGGAAUAGCAUGUCCUCACAAAGUAAUGUCCGUCGUUUGUCCCUUCAGAAUAAAAUGGAAGAUCAUCAAGCCAAGCCUCUCACAAAUAUCAUGAGUAUGUCACGAGUGAGGUCAAUUACUAUCUUUCCACCUGCUGUUAGUAUCAUGCCAGCUCUGUCAAGGUUUGAAGUUCUGCGUGUACUUGAUAUGUCAUACUGCAAUCUGGGAAAAAGUAGCAGCCUGCAGCUUAACAUCAAGGGUGUUGGACACUUGAUUCACCUAAGGUACCUUGGUCUAAAAAGUACUGGAAUCAGUGAACUGCCGGCUGAGAUAGAAAACCUGCAGUUUUUGGAGGUGUUGGAUCUUGGAAACAAUUAUGAGCUAGAUGAAUUGCCGUUCAUUCUUUUUAAAUGGAGAAGAUUAAUCUGCCUAAAUGUUUAUCCCUAUAAGGUGGUUCCAACUCCUGGUGUGUUGCAGAAUAUGACAUCCAUAGAAGUGUUGAGGGGAAUCUUGGUCUCUCUGAACAUUAUUGCACAAGAGCUUGGCAACCUAGCAAGGCUGAGGGAGCUUCAGAUUCGCUUCAAGGAUGGUAGUUUGGAUUUGUAUGAAGGUUUCGUGAAGUCUCUGUGCAACCUACAUCAUAUCGGAAGCCUAAGUAUUAGUUGCAAUUCCGAAGAAACAUCUUUUGAAUUGAUGGAUCUCUUGGGAGAACGCUGGGUGCCUCCUGUACAUCUCCGCGAAUUUGCGUCAUUCAUGCCCAGCCAACUCUCUGCACUGCGAGGGUGGAUAGAGAGAGACCCCUCGCAUCUCUCGAACCUCUCCGAGUUAUUCCUCACGUCAGUGAAGGAAGUGCAGCAGGAGGACGUGGAAAUCAUUGGGGGGUUGCUGUCCCUUCGACGUCUCUGGAUAACGAGGACCCACCAAACACAACGGCUGCUAGUCAUCUGUGCAGAUGGGUUCCGCUGUAUGGUAGACUUUAACUUGAAUUGUGGGUCAGCAGCGCAGAUAAUUUUUGAAUCGGGAGCUUUGCCGAGGGCAGAAGCAGUUUACUUCAGCUUGGGCGUGCGGGUGGCGAAAGAGGAUGGUAACUGUGAUUUCGACUUGGGCCUGCAGGGGAACCUGCUCUCCCUUCGGCGGCGUGUCUGCGUUUAUAUGUAUUGCGGUGGAGCGAGGGUUGGGGAGGCCAAGGAAGCGGAAGCUGCGGUGAGGCACGCCCUCGACGCCCAUCCCAACCAUCCCCCGAUUGAUAUUUAUAUGAUCCCACGUAUAGCAAAAGAUGCUCAUGAUGACGAUUUGUGUGAGGACGAGGAGAACUGAUUUCUGAUCCAGAGCGACUCACAUUAUAUCUGAUGUGCUCCCAGGUAGCAGGGUUUUGGGGUUACUGCUGGUGGAAUCGGAGAUGCAAGUUUCACAGACGUUUUGGGUGGGCGCUGACCAUGAAAAGAAUUGAAGGAGGAAAAGGUUUCGAGCUUCAAUGGAAAUUGUGUGAUCGAUGAGCUUCUUUUAAAUGGCAGUCGCUUGCAGAAAGAGAUAUUGGUUUGUUUUGUAAUGAAUAAGGGUGUUGGAGUGAAUUGAUUCCUUACAAGGAUAGCUCGCUUUACUUCAGUUUUGCUGCUCUGUUUCGCAUGUUGUUACAUGGGAGGGCUAGCCCAUGGCAUGCUGGUAUUUUCUGUUUUUAAGCUGAACCAGACAAACCUGAGGUUGUAUUAUCAGUUU